CUCUUCUUCACUAUGGUGGACCCCAAUGGCAGUGAAUCUAGUGCCACAUAUUUCAUUCUAAUAGGCCUUCCAGGCUUGGAAAAAGCUCAGUUCUGGUUGGCCUUCCCAUUAUGCUCCCUCUACCUUAUUGCUGUGCUAGGUAACCUGACAGUCAUCUGCAUUGUGCGGACUGAGCACAGACUACAUGAACCCAUGUAUAUUUUUCUUUGCAUGCUUUCUGGCCUUGACAUACUUAUCUCUACUUCAUCUAUGCCUAGAAUGAUGGCCAUCUUCUGGUUCAAUUCCACUACCAUCCAGUUUGAUGCUUGUCUUCUACAGAUGUUUGCCAUCCACUCCUUAUCUGGCAUGGAGUCCACUGUACUGCUGGCCAUGGCCUUUGACCGCUAUGUGGCCAUUUGUCACCCAUUACGCCAUGCCACUGUGCUAACAUUGCCUCGUGUUACCAAGAUUGGCAUGGCUGCUGUGGUACGGGGUACUUCACUUAUGGCACCCCUGCCUAUCUUCAUCAAACGGCUGCCUUUCUGCCGCUCCAACAUUCUUUCCCAUUCCUACUGCCUACACCAAGAUGUCAUGAAGCUGGCUUGUGCUGACAUCCGUGUCAAUAUCAUCUAUGGCCUCAUUGUCAUCAUCUCUGCCAUUGGCCUGGACUCACUUCUCAUCUCCUUGUCAUAUCUGCUUAUCCUCAAGACUGUGUUGGGCUUGACACGUGAAGCCCAGGCAAAGGCAUUUGGCACUUGUGUCUCUCAUGUGUGUGCUGUUUUCAUAUUCUAUGUACCUUUCAUUGGGUUAUCUAUGGUACACCGCUUUGGGAAGCGGCAUGACUCCCUCUUGCCCGUCAUUAUGGCCAACACCUACUUGCUUGUUCCUCCUGUGCUCAACCCUAUUGUUUAUGGAGUGAAGACAAAGGAGAUCCGGCAGCGUAUCCUUCGUCUUUUCCAUGUGACCACCCAUACUUCAGAUCCCUAG